GGUAAAGGUCACGCUUACACACGCUUCAGUCUGAGCUGGGCGGUGGUGGCGGCCGUUACGUUACUCUGACAGCGGCGUCGGCGGUAGCGAAAAGGAGUCCUGCCUUAUUGUUAUUCUCGUAACGUGACGAAGGGGGCGUGACGUGUCUAAAUUAAGAAGAAAUAAGUCUUGUUGGUUCUUUGAGUCCCCUCCCCCCUUUUUUUAUUUCCUUUUCUCUUUAUUGGCGGUAUGCUUUUCGUAAUUUCGUCCCUGCUUCAUCCACCGCCGUAGCUGUUUCUGCCGUUCCUCCCGCGUGUCUUCUCCAGUUAUUUUGGGCUGAUUUCCUCGGAUUUCUAAGGAUUUGGGAUUCUGGAGGUCUGCGUUCGAGUAAAAUAAACAACAACAAAGAAUAAACAAAGAUAAGCAAGUACGCCAUGACUAUUUGAACCUCGACUCGCCUUCUUCAGGACCUUGCUUUACUGUUCCCUCCUGGCACUUCUGGAAAUAUUUUGAGGGACUUCCUUGGCACUCUCUAACUUUCUGUUUGUUUUAACUAUCGCUCAUUCAUCUGGCAAGAAAGUUAAGGGAGGUAAGAGAGGAAAUAAAAUUGAAAGACAGAAAAUGUGUCGGCGUGAGAGGACCGUCGUGGCUUUUUGAAACUUACCGAGGGUGUGCUUACAAGGAGUGUCAGUCCCAGUGCCACGGUGCCAACAUGAAGUCAGGAGCAGAUAAAAUUACCACGUCGCACGUAAUGGAAAUAAACACAUAUGCUCCACCGUUGGUUAAGAAAGAGGUGAACAGUCCUCCUCUGGGAUCGCCACACUUGGGGUCUCCUCAUCUGCCAUCCUCCUCCACCACUGAUACCAACAACAUGGCCAACGACGCUGUGGUCACCGACUCCUCCUUCCAGCAACACAUCCUCCAGCUUCAAGAAAGUGUCCUGUACCACCAGUUCCAACAGGAGCACCAGAGGCUCCUGGAACAACAACAAAAUGAACUACAGAAUCACCUCAAG